UCUCCCAAAGCCGUGCAGCUCAGAACACAGGUGCUGAUUUUUCCAGUAGACAGAGGAAUCGAGAAAUGGAGGAAGCACGAAGGAAAUAUCGAAAAAAAGCACCACAUUCAACAUUAGAGAAAGUCAGUAAGUGUAUCCUGCCUGACGUGGCACACAGAUUCCUGUUCGGACCAACAUCUGAUUUCCCCUUGGCCAGGCUUUUAAUAGGAGCUGCAUUUGGAGCCAUCAGUGGGAUUGCUUUGUUUCUUGGACUCAUGCACAACAUUUCACUGAGUAACUUUCACAAAUUCAUAUUUGGAUAUGUUUUUAUAGCACUGUGUGUCCUAGGUGGGAUGCUGUCCUCAUAUUUUCGUUGCUCAGUUCUACUGAUGUUUCCCAGCAUUCUUGGCUCUCGUGGUCAGGCUUAUGUGAUCUUGUUCAUAAUACAGUGUCUCUAUCAAGGUCCAAUCUACAAUAUCCACCAUAAUGUCCAAGAUGUGGUCCUCUCUAUGGGCUGUAAUAUUGACCUGCAAAUAGGACACAGUAAGAUUUUGUGGAGGACGGUGUCUGAACCAUUUUUUGAGGUGUUACAGGAGAUAGUGGCUGACAGUGUGCAACUUCAGAGAGAGGCUCAAAAUGUGAGUAGACAGUUCCAGGGCAUUAGGAAUGAAGUGAUGGGCCAGUAUGGCUACGAUUCUUUUGGUCAGAAUAUUACAGCUACAGGCAACAGCACCACCCAGGAGCAGUACACUGCAAAGACUAUGAUGCGCUGUGAAUAUGUGGUAAAGAAUGGCAUCGAUCGCUGCAAAGAGUGGUUCAGUGAUACCUGGCUGAAGUGCAUGGACACUAUUAAAUCCCCUGUCAUCAACCAUUUCCUUUGUGUACCUAUGAAGUUUGAUUUUCUCUGCAAUAUUAUGAGAGUAAUGACUCCAUGGUGUGAAGAACAGAUUCCAGUCGAAGGAAAUUUUGGACAGACCUUUGACAAACUCGAUUCCUCCAUCAGUAAACUCGGGGAACAGUUUAGCACCAAUGUGGUCUUUGAGAAAUUUGAGGAUGAGAUGUUCGGAGAGACUGUUUUUCAGGAUGAAUUUCGCAAGGAUCUGAUAAGGACAUUUAAGGAGAGGAGGAACACUGUUGAACAAAUUUCCAGAGUUGUGCAGAUCCUCCUCUCUUUCACAUUUGUAUCUGUGUUCAUUUCGGCUUUUGGAUAUGCACGACAAUACACCAGAGAUAUCUGCUUUGACAACGUCCAUAUUACAACCUACUUUAGACAGAUUGAUGAAAGGAGAAAGAAAGGGGGUAAGAGGUACUUAUUGCCCUUGAAGAAAUCAGAAAAGAGCAGACUGAUUAAUCCCUGGACCCUAAAAAUCCAUUCCAAUGAGCUACAACCUGUGACAGCAAGCCUGGUCCGGUUUGUAUCUCUGGCCGUGUUUGUAUUUGUUCUUCUGGCCACAGAUAGACUCCUUUACCACAUUUUCGACAUCAUCCGUAGACAUACCUUUACAGAAUACUCAAUUACAAGUAGUCAUGACAUACACAUUGACAUUAGAGGAGAAUCCAUGUUAGCUAAGCUCCUGCGUAAAACUAUCGGUGCCUUCAACACCUCCUCAAACCUUGAUGUGCAGUCCAGUAACUGGCAGUGUCUCCCACAGCCUCGUGCCCUGAGCCAGGCGGACUACCUGUGGAGUACCAUCCCAGUGUUAUUGAUGGGGUUCCUGUGCUGCCUGCAGGUUUAUACAAACCGCCUACGCAGAGUCAUCACCUCUUUCUACUUCCCCAAGAGAGAGAAGAAACGGAUUCUUUUCCUCUACAACCUUCAGAUGCAGAGACGCAUUACUUUUGUCAACCACUUGAUCAAACAGCUCAGGCAUCGGAGACAAGCACCAAAGCCGGUGUUGUCCAUCCUGCUGUCUCCACUGGAAAGGUUGGGCUGGGGUGUGUGUUGGUGUUGGGUAUGUGUGGAGUUUAUGAGGCAGCAGAGGGCUAAGCAUUGUUCUGUUGAGGGCUGUAAUAUAUUCUAUUGUGAACAGUGCUGGGGGGAUUUGGGGAACCGCUGUAUCUGCUCUUUCCCCGUGGAUAUGGAGCAAGACGUUGACUCUGACACCGACACAGUAUAUUACGUUCAUUAAUCCUAUACUUUUAAUUGAGACAAAUGUUCUAUCUAAAUAUCCUCAUUUAUAAAGAAAGUUUUCUUUUUUAAUUGUAUGUGGUUACUAUUUUCACACAUUACCACACCUUUAAGAUAGUUUUGGUUCUGUAUUUGUAUGAUCAGAGCAAUUAUAGGAAAUAAAACACUUUGCAUUCUGA